AUGGAUUACAGUGUCGUCCACGCACCUGGUCCUUAUACUAUACGGAUCCAAGGUCAAACCCACCACAGAAUUGGCUCCCUCCUACCGCGCCAAGGCUGUCUCCCAGAGUAUCUCCAGCUUUACAUAUUUGACACGGCAAACGAACUCAAAAACCGCCUAAAUGCGAUGGGGCAAGCCUCAGCAGAAGGUAAUCUCGAUGAGUCAACGUUAGCCCUCCUCAUCGAGAUGAUUGACGAGAACAAUUGUCUAGCAAAGAUCUUUCGUCGUGCACGAGACCACUACGAAAGCGUCGGGUCAGAGUUUACUAUUAGGUUAGUCCAAGAUAAAGGAAAGGGGAAAGAAUACGAUCUCCCAACUACAAGCGAGGUGGCAGGUCUUAUCGUGGGGGAUAUAACAUCAACAAUUGGAGAACGAGAUAUAGUGGUUCAGUUUCAAUCUGACACUUUGCAGCAGAUACGUGACGAUCACCCUCUAUAUAUGAGCCUCCAAUACCCUCUUUUGUUUCCGUAUGGUGAAUAUGGAUUUCACCCAGAAAUUCCCCUGCAUCUUGAGACAGGCACUUCAAGAACAAGGCAAUUCGUGACCAUCCGUCAGUACUACGCUUCUCUAAUCCAAACACGUCCUAACCAAGGAAUGACGUUGAUUAAAGGCGGUCGCCUCCUCCAUCAAUUUAUUGUGGACGUCUAUACAGCAAUUGAAGAAGACCGACUGAGGUGGGCGAGAAAUAACCAAGACAUCUUGCGGGCUGAGCUCUACAGCAAUGUCCUUGAUGCUGUAAGCAAAGGUGACACUGAUGCUAAAAUUAUUGGCCAGAGAUUUAUACUGCCGCCAAGUUUCACCGGAGGCCCCCGAUACUUAGUUGAGAAAUACCACGAUGCUAUGGCUAUCUGCAGAGAAUUCGGCAAUCCAGAUUUGUUUAUCACGAUGACGGCCAAUCCCAAUUGGAGCGAGAUUAAAGAACAUCUUCAGAAAUACGGUGGAGAUUCCCCUAAUGAUAGACCAGACAUUGAAUGUUGGGAUUUCAAAGCAGGAACUUUUUUCAAGCCAUACAAGGCAGCUCUCCACCGAAUAGAAUUUCAGAAAAGAGGUCUCCCUCAUGCACAUAUCUUAUUGUGGUUAGGAAACUCUACCAGAACACCGAGUGCAGAAGAAGUGGAUGAAAUAAUUUCAGCCGAGCUCCCCAACAAAGAUGAUGACCCAGUUGCUUACGACUUAGUCACAAAACACAUGAUCCACGGUCCAUGUGGGCUAUUCAAUCCGAAGUCACCAUGUAUGGAAAACAAUGUGUGCACGAAAAAGUAUCCUCGGCCGAAUAACGACAACACAUCGAUUGAUAAAUCCGGGUAUGUGUUAUAUCGUCGACGCCGAACCGAUGAUACGUGUACACUAAAGGCUGGAGCUGUACUAGACAACACUUAUGUCGUACCUCAUAAUAUUAAGCUUCUGAAGAAGUACGAAGCUCAUAUUAAUGUUGAAUGGUGUAAUCGGACAAGCGCGGUGAAAUACUUAUUCAAGUACAUAACCAAGGGCGUUGACCGAGCAACCGCUGUUAUUGAGAAAGGAAAUACAGCAACUGCAUCCGACGCCACGGGAUCCGGAGGAUCAAAAGAGAAAGUCCUAAGGCAACGCAAUGAGAUCCAAGACUACAUCGAAGCCCGAUAUUUAUCAGCUUGUGAGUCUAUGUGGCGGACUUUCGCAUUCCACAUACACAAAAGGAAACCAUCAGUUGAGAAGCUUAUCAUUCACUUGGAAGGCGAACAUAAUAUUACGGUUAAAUCAACAGAUAACCUCGGCCGUGUUAUCCACAAACCGGGUAUCGAGAAGACGAUGUUCACGGAAUGGAUGGUUUUAUGCAGAAGGUCAGCGUUUGCCCGGACACUGACAUAUGUGCAGAUUCCUGAAUAUUUUGUAUGGAACAACAGUGCUAAGGUGUGGACUGAGCGUAAGAAAGGAAAAUCCAUUGGCCGAGUCGUAGCUGUCCAUCCUUCAGCAGGUGAUCGAUACUACCUGAGGGUCCUCAUUAAUAAGAUUAAGGGUCCUAGAAGUUACGACGAGCUGAAAACAUACAACGACGUGAAAUACCCGGACUUCAAAUCAGUUUGUCAUGCACGAGGCCUUUUGGACAAUGAUGUUGAAUGGCUCGAGAGUAUGUCAGAGGGUGCUCGAACGGCCAGCCCAUACCAGCUUCGUGAUUUGUUCGUCACAUUCCUAAACAACUGCUUCGUUGCAAGCCCUAAAGGACUAUGGGAACACUCAUGGAAAUCAAUGAGCGAGGACAUACUUCACAAGAGGCAAAGGAUCUUAGGCCACGCGAAUCUGGAACUGGACGAUAAUACCCUGGAGCAAUACACAUUGAUAGAAGUUGAAAAGUUGAUACGCAUGCAGGAUCGCUCCUUAAACGAUUUUAAGGAUAUGCCGAAGAUCAACCCUGUUUUGCUUAAGGAAUUGGGGAACAGUCUGUGGAACCAGGAAAUGGAUUAUGAUGUUGCGGAGGAAACAUUAAGACAUGACAAGCAGUACAAAUUGCUCAAUGCUGAGCAACUUGCAAUCUAUGAAUCAGUCUUAAACUCUGUUGAUAAGAAAGAAGGAAAACUUUUCUUUGUAUAUGGUGCAGGGGGCACUGGGAAAACAUUCCUAUACCAGACUAUUAUAUCCAGACUUCGGUCAAGAAAACAAAUUGUUCUACCAGUUGCUUCUUCGGGAAUAGCCGCAUUGCUACUCCCAAACGGGAGAACAGCUCAUUCUCGCUUCAAUAUUCCAUUGAAGCUCGACGAAAAUAAGCUUUGCAACAUCAAACCAGGUACAAUGCUUGCUGAACUAAUUGAGGAAACAGACCUCAUAAUUUGGGAUGAGGCACCGAUGACACACAAACAUGCUUUCGAAGCAUUAGACAAGUCACUGAAGGACAUUAUGUCUAUCAAAAAUCCACCCGCAAAGAAUCAGCCUUUUGGCGGCAAAACAGUUAUAUUAGGUGGUGACUUCAGACAGAUCCUACCAGUCAUUCCGCAAGGUAGAAGAGCUGAUACCGUAUUAGCUUCGAUAAGCCAUUCAUAUCUGUGGAAUAGUUGCCACAAGUUCUCUUUGAAAAAAAAUAUGCGAGUCAAUCAAAAUGAGAAAGAGUUUUCCGAAUGGCUUCUCAGAGUGGGGGAAGGUCGUAUAGAACCAGAACAAGAAUAUGAGGAGGAUGGGUACGAUGACCAAUUCAUAGAUAUCGAUGAAUCAUUGAUUUGUCAGAGUUUUGUUGACCCAUUGAAAGAAGUUGUUGAUGCCGCAUAUGGACAAAUCAGCAGCCCGAUGAAUUCAAAAACUUCCUACACCGAUACAGCCAUCCUCACACCCCGUAACGAAACCGUUGAUGAAAUCAAUGCUUACACCAUCUCACAGACCGACGGGGUACCAAGAGAUUACUACAGCUCAGACAGCUUUGAGAUAUCAGAUUCUACAUCAGAUCAGAAUGAUACACUAUACUCCAUUGAGUAUCUUAACUCAUUGGAAUUCUCGGGUUUGCCUUCGCACAAACUUACUCUGAAAGUUGGUGCCCCAGUUAUGCUUCUCAGAAACAUAAAUCAGAAAAAGGGAUUAUGCAAUGGUACGCGGAUGAUCCUAACCCACGUUGGUGAACGCGUUCUGAAGGCUGAGAUCAUCACUGGAUCCCACAUUGGAGAAGAGGUCUUGAUUCCAAGAAUUAUGCUUCUGUAUGAUGAAACAAAAUUACCGUUCACAUUACGUCGGCGGCAAUUUCCUAUCAGAUUGUGCUACGCAAUGACAAUCAACAAAAGCCAAGGCCAGAGUCUAAAAAAGGUCAUCUUAUAUCUGCCUCAGCCAGUCUUCUCUCAUGGUCAACUCUACGUGGCCCUCUCCCGUGUCACAAGCAAAGCAGGAUUAACGAUCAUCAAAACUGAAGAUCCACACCAGCUGAAAGUGAAGAACAUAGUCUACAAAGAAAUAUUCAAAGGCCUUCUUCCCGAGAUAGGUAAUUUUAAAUAAAUAAUUUUUCCUCCCAUCUUUUUCAGAUAUCUGAUAAAAUAUUAUAUUCACAGAUUAACAAUCUCGAAAAUAUCGACCAAGCGAUGAUACAAGCCAAUAAAGAAGGGACUUCCAUAUAGGUUUACCCCACCUAAACCAGGUACAAAACUUUUAAUAUAAAAAGCAAUACUACUAUAUUCAACUAAACUCAUGCUGACUAACUAUUCUUAUCCAAUUUCAGGUCCUUUCUUUCUCAUGACCCUCAAAAAACUUCUGAUCUGCGAAAGACUUAAUCUGCUUCUUCCAUCAUCUACUUUACUUACAGCAUUUUGGCUUUCAAACAUUUGUGUAAACUCGAUAUACAACACACUUUUUUCCGUUCAAACAGUCAACACCUAAAUUUAAUAUGAUAUUUUGGCUCAACAUUUUCAUAGACAGAUAACCCGGGCGUAGCCCGGGAACGAACCUAGUGGGUCUAAAGAAACGUAAAUGUAGUUAGAAAAUACGUUGGGCCUUUUUUGUCAAUAGAUAACACUAAAAAUAAUUGAAAUAGGUUGGGCUUUUUUUGUUAUUGAAAAACUGCAAAUAACUGAAAAAAAAAGAAUGGAAUGUUUUGUAAUUAAUAGAAAAAUUCAGGGGCAGAUUCAUAAGAAGGAUUCUGGUUUAAUAGUAUAGAUUUGUGUUGAGUUUGAAAAUCACUUUUUCUUUUUUACCAUUAAAAGGUUGAUAGAGCGAAAUUUCUUGAGUAGAACUCAACGAAUAAAGCCUAAAGGGAAAAUCAAUAUUCAGUGAAGGUGUUUUAAAGUUCUCUGCUCUUAACGGUGUUCUAAAACUGUUAAACAAACAAAGAACUACAACUCUAUAAAAAUAAAUAUUAUUGGUGGAGAAAUAUAUUAAAAGACAUAAGGUCAAUGAACCCCGUUGCUUAUACAAUACAAAUAACACUAGGUCAUGGAUAUAAAUAUUUUUAAAGUAAAUAAAUCAUAAUAAUCGAUUAGCUACCUAUUUUUGUAGUUUAUUUAUAAAAAUUUAUUUUAUUAUUUUAAUUAGACAUAUGAUUUUGUGUAUAGAAUAUUUGUUUGGUUUGGUUAUCAUUUGAGUAUAUUGAGUUACAUAUACUUCUCUAAGUUAAAUCAUGUUUUUUUGUUCUAAACAUAUUAAGAUUUUGAUUAAUUUUGUUAGUUGCAUUAAUCUUGGUUUAUUUUCUUACCUCUGAAAAUAUAUUUUAGAGAAAUUAUGCAUGAUUUGAUAUACUUUUGUUUUGAAAAAUAGAAAGUAAUUAUUAUUAUGUGAACAAUUAAAAGUUACAUAAAAUGAACAUAACAAUAGUUUUUUGAAAGUUCAUGGACAUAUAUAAUCUCUUUCAAAAACUCAGUUAAAAUAAUUGGUUAUUAUUUCAUUUUUAUGUAUUUAAAUGUUGGAGUCGUUACAUAGUUUAUAUGUAUGAAAAUAAUUGUAAUAAUAUUAUAGACAAUAACUUAUUGUUAGACCUUUAAUUUUGAUUAUAAAAUUAAGAUUGGCUCCAUUAAUUACAUUUUGGAUAUAGUAUUGAGUUACCUAGUCAUCCAAAUUUAAUCACAAUUUUUUUGGUUUCAUUUAGAAUACAAUCGGGUUACUUUUGUACAUUGUCUUUGUUUCGGUUAUGAAAAAAAAAAUCUUAAUUGUUGGAACUAUAUAUAAUAGUUUUAGUUUAUUAAGGUUAUUGGUUUAUGGUUAUUU